AUGAAGAGGGUCGCGUCUCAGGGCUCAGAUUGUGGCACCAGCACCCAACUCAACAUCGCGGUACCUGUGUACCCGGCACGACAUCAGGUGACCGCUCACCCACUGGGUGACCCGACGGUUCAGUUUGGCUUCUUCCGUUGCUUCGAUGCUCUUCAAGCGCCCAGGCGAAAGAAGCCCUAUUGCGGCAAUCAUCGACGAGUUUCAAUAGGCGGUGCAGUCGCACUGCUCUCGGAUCCGGAUGCAUUCGCCGACGGUUUAUCGGUUGAGCUCCGCGAGGUGAACACCACAGUCCCCCUUCCUCUAGAGUCUAUGCCAAAUCCAUUAUGCGUGGCUCUGAUUCGACAAGCUGGCUUUUGUUUCUUCGAUCAAGAGUCCCAUCCCGCCGUUUCCAUCACACCCAGACGUGCCAGACCGGCAACGACCGGCUGGAAGGGUGUAAGGGACCACGGAACGCUCCACUGGGCAAAGCGAAUAAGCAUCGCUCGGACAAAGUCUGUUUUCUUCAUUGUUGCUUUGAUGACUCGCGAAGGGUUGUUCGCUACCCGCCGAAAGCGAACGGACAUUCACCCGUGCUCGCCCAAGGUUUACCCCUCCGUCGUGGAUGAGAAACAGGAGCAACUCAACUCAACGGCACGAACGGGCAGAAACAAAGUCAACGUUCCAUCGGUCGAUGUCGCUCGAUGGCAGAAGAACAGCGUCGGUCCUAUCACGGUGAUGAAGUUACGAUCAUCACGCUUUAAUGCUGCCCGCAAUGUGAAGUCACACUUGGGCAGAGAUCCCAUUCGAGGACGCCUGUGA